GUAACAGACUGGUAUGUCUGGUAUGUGAACUUCCUAUCUUCCUGGCUACUAACACAAUCAAAAUUUAACACAACCAAAACCCGUGAAUCUUCCCACCUUCUAUUCUUCAUCUCGCCAUAGACCCGUCUUGAUUUGAAUGAGCUGGCCCACCAAUUUUAUACCCACCAUGAUGUUAAGGGUACCCAAAAUGUCUCAGCCCAGAAUAUAAACAUCGUGAUCGAGCGUUCGUCAUCAGACUUCCACUUGGUGCCAUUCAAAACACAAAACAAAUAGUUGAUGCAUAAAACUGUUUGUAUUUUCAUAGCUUUUGCAGUGUACGUAGACAAAAACAUAAAAUCAUCAUGAGCGGACCAUCGAAUCAGCCAUCCGGAAGUGGUCCUGGAGGAAGCGGGUCUGGAGCUCCAGUAUCUGUGCAAGAAUUUACGAUUCGUGUACCGAAGCACCUUAAGAAAAAGUAUCACGUAAUGCGUUUCAACGCGACGUUGAAUGUGGAUUUCACCCAAUGGCGAACAGUCAAAAUGGAACGAGAGAAUAAUCUGAAGGAAUUCAAAGGAAUAGACGAGGAUAUGCCAAAAUUUGGCGCUGGAUCAGAAUUCAAUAGGGAUCUCAGAGAGGAGGCACGCAGGAAGCGCUAUGGCAUUAUCGCUAAGAAGUAUCGACCGGAAGCGCAGCCAUGGAUUUUGAAGGCUGGUGGAAAGAAGGAUGGUAAGAAGUUUCGCGGAAUUCGCGAGGGAGGUGUGGGUGAGAAUGCUGCUUUCUAUGUGUUCACACACGCUCCGGAUGGGGCGAUUGAAGCCUACCCGCUGCAUGAAUGGUAUAACUUCCAACCUAUCCAACGAUACAAGGCACUGUCGGCGGAAGAGGCCGAGCAAGAGUUCGGGCGUCGAAAAAAAGUCAUGAACUACUUUUCUCUGAUGUUGAGGAAACGCAUGAAGGGCGAUGAUGCCAAUACGGAGGAGCAAGAGGAAACCAAAGGUAAAAAGGGCAGUGGCGGUGGCAAAGCGAAAGACUUGAAGAUAAGUGACAUGGAUGAGUGGAUUGAUUCCGACGAUGCAAGUUCAUCGGAUGAGGAGGACGAAGGGAAACCCAAGGAAAAGGAUAGCGACGAUGAGGGCGAUAAGAAAACUAAGAAUAAGAAAAAAGCGUUGGCCGAAAGUAAGAAGAAAAAACGGGAUGUUGACGAGGAAGCGUUUGAAGAAUCUGAUGAUGGCGAUGAAGAAGGUCGUGAACUGGACUAUAUUUCCGAUUCAUCGGAAAGUGAAUCCGAGCCGGAAACAAAAGCAAACAAAGAGCUUAAAUCUGUCGCGGAAGAAGACGCCCUCCGCAAGCUGCUAACCUCUGAUGAGGAUUCGGAGGAUGAGGAGAAUAAAUCGGACGAAGAUGAAGGCAAGAAAGAUGAGGAGAAAAAUGGCAAGUCCAAAGACAAGGACAAAGACACUAAAGAGAAGGAUUCAAAGGAGACAAAGAAAAAGAAGAAAACCAAGAAGAAGAAGAAAACUGACAACGACAAAAAAGAUUCUUCGAGUGGAUCAUCCUCGGAUAGUUCCGAUUCCGAAGGAGAAAACAGUAACUCCAAACAAAAAAAGAAACACAAAAAGGACAAGGAAGGUAUCAGUUCAAACCUGUCCAGUGCUAAUAAUUCACGAUCCGCUUCGCCGAGUAUGUCACAACUGGAAGGGAAUAAACGAAAAUUGGCUGGUUCGAAUAUGCCCACGACAGAUCUAACCGGAUCGGACAACAGCAACAGCCCGAUGUCGACACCGGCUAAGAAAGCUAAGAUGGAUUCAGCACUCGCACUUCCGCCAACCUUUACUGGCCUGGUCAGUUCUAAGAAUAUAGACGAUUACGGAAUCACAGAAGAAGCUGUUAGACGUUAUCUGAUGCGCAAGCCGAUGACCACGACUGAAUUGUUGACCAAGUUCAAGAACAAGAAAACUGGUGUUUCUAGUGAGAAGCUUGUUGAAACGAUGACAGCUAUUCUUAAAAAAAUAAAUCCCGUGAAGCAGACAAUUCAGGGUAAGAUGUAUCUCAGCAUCAAAGUGAACAAAUAAAUAUAUAACGUUUACAACUAAUUGAUAUACUCCGAUUGAGAAAUUUAACUGACAUAUUCGUUAUUGUUUUACCAACUAUAGGUAAUUAAAUCAAUAUUUAAGAUAGCGUGUAUCAAAAUUUUUGAAUUCAUUUGGAGAAUAAACAUUAUUUUGGGGUAUACGACG